AUGGCGUCCACGCGGUCGCUCCUCGCCGCGGCGACGCUCCUCUUCGCGCUCCUCGUCCAAGCCCCGAGCCCGACGCGCGCGGUCAGCGAGGGCGACGUCACGCGCCAGGACCCCGACACGUCGACGACGCGCCCGUCGUGGUCGGGCGUCGGCCGCCUGUACGUCGACGGGCCGACCGGGAACGUCGCCGUGGGCGACAUCGCGAAGUACAACUCCACCUCCGUCCCAUCCGCGCGGUUCGAGGUGGACGGGAGCUCGCUGCUCCGCGGCAGCGUGACGUUCGACAACAGCAACGGCGAGAGCGCGAUCGUCGUGCAGGGCGCCAACGCGAACGCCGUCACGCAGCGUCUCGAGGUGCACGCGCCGCUGCACGUGCAGAACACGUCGAUAGAGGCGCUCGAUAACGCCGCGGUCGGGCUGCAGAUCACCGCGGACCAGAACAACCCGAUGGUGGUGUUCGACACGCGCGACGGCGCGGAAAACGUGAAAUCGAAUUAUCCGGUAAACGUGAUCGACGCGACGGACGCGUGCGCGACGAGCGCGAGCGGCGCGUGCGGCGCGGCGGCGAGCGUGGUGACCGCGGGGGGGUUAGUGGUGGGGAAGAAGACGUACUUGACGGGGACGGUGCGCGUGGCGGACACCACGGACGCCACCGUCGGCGCCGCGGACGCGGUAGACGGCGCCGUGCGUGUCGCCGGCGGGCUCGCCGUGGAAAAGUCCGCCGCGAUCAAAGCCAAGCUGAAGGUUUUAGACGCCACCGACGGCGCCGCGGGCGGCGUCGGCGCGCUGUACGUCAAGGGCGGCGCCUCGAUAGACGGGAACGUGUACGUGGGCGGGAGCUCGGUGGCGAGUUUGGGGGGGAAGAGGGCGAGCGUGACGAAGAGCGUCACGUUGACCAACGCCGCGGCGACGACGGCGACGGCGGCGACGCUCAGGGUCCCUCGGUUUCAUUCCCCGCCCUCGGCGCCUUUCAAGUCCGCUUCUGACGCCUUUCAACUCCACCCCGAUAUUCGCUCGUAUGGAACGACGCUCAGACUCGCCGUGGGGAAGAGCGCGAAGGUGACGCUCGCCCUCGAGUGCGUCUGGAGCUCGAGCCUCCCGGCGACGCUGAGCGCGGAGUUGCUGCUGCAGCAUCACUCCGGCGCGGCGCCGGAGGUGGACGAUACGAAGACGCCGCCGAGGACGGGGACGACGAGGGCGAGCGCGAGCGUGGGCGACGGGGGCGACGGCGCGCUCGAGAUCGUCGUCGCGCCGGAUAACUCGGGCGGCGCGGGCGUUACCAAAAAUUUCGCCAUCAAGGUGUACACGGCGGACGGAGGGAGCGGGACCGCGCCGGCGACGAGCGCGUGCGUCGUCGUCGCGUCCGCGGAGGGGACGUUCGUUUCGUUGACUUGA